GAGUGCACUCUCCCUAAAAAAAAACUAUCACCAAAGGGUUCACUAAACGUUCGCUAAGCACUCACUCACUCCCAUUGAUCUCAGGAACCAUUACUCAAUAACCAGACCUUUAGGGAUUGUAAAGUUAGUGGAGCCAGAAUGUCGCAUACAGAGUCGUCAUCAUGCAAUCCAUUUGUCAAUCAAAUUCUUCAACAACUAAUUUUUAAAACAUUUAUUCAAACCGAUUAUAGUGAUGUUCAUGUGCCACCAUUAGGAUUUAAUAAAUUAGUAUGUCGAGGUAAUUCUGAAAUAUUUACAAGUAAUAGACAACUGAUUAGAUGUUGUACAAUGAAUGGGAAAAAAUUUAAUUAUCGAUUAUUAGAUAAUUUUAAACAUGAUGCAUUUGAUAUUGAAUCAUUAAGUAUAAAUUCUCUGGGAUCAUUAUUAGCAUUAAUUGGUAAAUGUAAUAUUAAUAUUAUAUCUUUACCAAAUAAUGUUGGAGGUAAUAUUUCUGCUAUUAUUCCAACAAAAUCUUAUUUUAUUCGAAAUAUUGGAGGAGAUAUUCGAAAAGUUAUUUGGCAUACAUCAGUAGCAAAUGAUUGUUCAAUAAUUAUAUUAAAUUCUCAUAAUGAAAUUAAAUGUUAUGAUUUAUCAAUUUCUUUAGAUGUUCCACAAAUUAAUAUUAAUCUUAAUAAAUUUGAUAAUUUUGAAGAUGAAUUAGUUACUUCAAUUUCUUUAGGAUCUAAUUCAAAUUUAUUAUCUUCAUUAACUCUUUAUAUUUCAACAAAUAAAUCAAAUAUUUAUGCAAUUUAUCCAUUUAUUUAUACUAAUGCUAAUUUAGUUACUACGAAAUUUCAAAUUGAACGUGCAUUAGAAGAAACUGUUUCAUUAAUUAAAACUGUUGAUAAUAAAUUUCCUCCUACAAGUAUUAUUGAUAAUUUUGAAAGUCCAUUAAAGGAAGCUGCAGUUCGACAAUAUAGAUAUUUAAAGGAUCUUUUAAAUCAAACUAAUGGUGAUACACCAAUAAAAAUUGAAACAAGAGGUUUAUAUUCAUCUAAUCCUCAAGAAUUUCUUGUAUUAGAACAAAAUUUACCAAGUACAUUUGAACUUUUAUUACAAGGUCCAUUAAUUACUAUUAUUGGUAAAGGAAUUAAUGAUAUAAUAUCAUUAAAUCAAAUUGAAGAUAUUUCAAUCUUAGCUUCAAUUAGUUAUAAAGAUUCAGAAAAUGUUUAUAUAACUUAUCAUUCUCAAUUAAGACCAUUAAUUAUGAAAUGGAAACAAUUUGGUGAUCUUUUAAAAUCUUUACCACCUCCACAAUCAAAGAAUCAAAAUCAAAAUCAAAAUCGAAAGAUAUCAUCUUAUAGUAAACCUAAAAAGGGAUUUGGAUUUCUUAUAGAAAAUUCUGAAAAGGAUGAUGAAAUACAAAAGGAUGAUUCAACUGAUGAAUUGAAAUUCUGGAGUCAAGAAUUCUCAUUUUUAAAUAUUCUUGAAGUUGAUGAAAUUAAUUUAGAGAAUGACCAUCAAGAUAUAUCAUUUAAAAGUUUUGGUUAUGAAUUUAAUAAAUUUGGGAUUGUAUCAAAUAAUAAAUUUAUUCUUGCUGAUCCCUCUAAUUGGUUAGAUCGAGUAAAUUCCAGUAGUGAAACAUUUCCGGAAUUUUCUAUUGAUUAUGCAGUUAUGUCUACUUCAUCUAAUAUUUAUCUUGGAUCUAUAUUGGUAGAAGAUAUAACUCAAACAACAGGAGAAUAUAUGGUUGUAUUCCGAGGUGGUCCUAGUGAUAAUCUUGAGAUUAUUCAAUUAAUUAAUGAAGAACAAGAACAAGAGCAAGAGCAAGAGCAAGAACAAGAGCAAGAAGUAUCAUUAAAUGACUCACAAAUUAAAGAUAAUUCAAUUAAUGUUUUAAAAGCUCAACCAUUUGAAGAAUUAACUAGACAAGUUGAUCAAUUAAAUGAAUUUAAUACUAAUGUAUUAGCUAAAUUUAUAGAUUUAUCAUUAUCUGGUAAAUCAAUAUCAGAAGCUAAUGGACAAAUUCUUGAAACUGUUAAUAAAAUAUCAACUAAAGUAAUGAAACAAGUUUCAUUAUCAACAUCUCAUACAAUUAAAUUAAAUUCUAGACUUUCAGUUCAAUUAGAAGAUUUAAAAUCUCAAAUACUUUCUUUAAGAAAUUUACCUAAAUUACAACAAGAAACUCUUGAACAAUCAAGUGAGAAAUUAACUAAAUUAACUAAUAAUCAAAUCUUAUUAGAACAAAAAGCUGAAAAACUUAAAAUUAAACUUGAAGAUGCGGUAGAAGUCAUUAAGAAUAAAAAAUCAUUACCAUUAUCUGAUGCUGAAAGAGGUUGGUUUAAAGAAAUUAAUAGUAUUACUGGACAAAUUAAUGAAAAUUCAAAAGAUGGGAAUAGUUUAAUUACUAUAGUUAAUUCAUUAAAGGAACAAGCUGGAUCACUUUUACAAGAAAUGCAAACUAUUAAUGAAGAUGAAGGAGUAUCAUUUAAAUUAAAACAACUUGAAACUGAUCAAAAAUUACAGAAAUUAAAGUACUAUUUGUAUGAAAAUGGGAAAUUAAUUGAAGCCAUUCAGGAGAAAUUAAAAAAUCAUCAGUAAUUUGUAAAUAGAUCUAACUAUUACUAUCACUAUCGCUAUU